AUGGCCUACAGCAGUCGGUCGACACAGCAUGAACUUGGUUUUCAAACUACUGUUGUCACUUACCGUAGUGAUAAUAGAUUUUUGAUUGUCCUGCCGUGCCCUCGUAGAUGUUCCUUGAUUCUUGUUGAUUGCUGGUCUGUGUUGCUGCGGUUGUUGAUGGCGGGGGAUGUCGAAGAAAACCCCGGCCCUACUGCGGCCCAGCAGCUACAGACUAUUUUGGAAAAUCAGGCAGCAUUUGACCUUGCUUCAGUUCAAGAACUGAACGCAAAAAUUGAAGUUCUGGAACAUACUGUAAAAACACAGGCAGAAAGGCUAAGUGAACUCGAAAACAGAAGUAGACGCAAUAACCUCUUGGUUUUUGGCGUAAAGGAAGGCAGCUCGAAAUCGGAGUCAGACCUGAAAGUUUCUGUAGUCGACAAUAUAUUUGGCAAAAAACUGAACGUCCAUGUUAAAACAAUAGAAAGAAUUCAUAGAUUGGGCAAGCAACGGCCGGGGCAUAUUAGACUAGUCAUAAUGAGGUUCUACAAUUUCAAAGAAAAAGAUACUAUACUCCGAAACUGCAGCAAACUAAAAGGAACUUCUAUUAGCGUGAGCAAUGAUUAUUCGAAGGAGACGAUCGCGGUGCGGAAAAAGUUGUGGGACAGCGCAGCUGCGGACAGGGGCAGCGGAAAGAAGGUAUCGCUAGUUUAUGACAAAUUGAAGGUAGGCGAAAGCUUAUUUACUUGGGACUACAACCGAGAUGAACGCCAACCAUGUCGUAAGGAGCGGUAUGCUAAAGGAUCGCCAGCAGAAACGCGCAACUCUGACAGCGUUGGCGGCGCCCCGGUGGGAGGGGCAGUGGCUGCACCGUCACAUGCGUAG